CAGAUAUUUUUUUUUGCUUUUCCCUCCCAUCUCUCUUCCCAGCCACACAACUUUUCUUCUCUCUUUCUCUUCCUUCUACAGAAACCAACAACCCACUUGUUUCUUUCUCCCUCUCUCUGUACAAGAACAAAAAAAAAAAAAAAACAAAAAGGAAGGAUUGAAGAAGAAGAAGACGCAGGAAGCAGAAGAACCAGGAGAAGAAGGAACCCCCACCCCACCCCACCUCACUUGUGCUCUCCUUCUCUCUUCUCUCUUCUCUCCGACGUCGUCUCUUUCUCGCUCUGCGAUCUCAAAUCUCCGAAAUCGCCCAUGAAGCGGCAAACUUGCCAAGGAAGGAGAGUCAUUCGACGCCUGGUUGGCUAGAUCAACGUCUUUUUGGAUCGAUGAAGAGAAGGGAAGGCGUGAACGACGAUGAAGGAAGAAGGAACAUGUCAUGCCGGCGGAGGUGGGACUGCUGUCAACCGCGACCAAGGUGGAUACUAGCCAGGAUAAUGGAGGAGCUGCUGCCAAUGUAGAUUUCCAAAGGCAGCAGAGCCAAUGAGGGCUACCCACUGCUCUUUGGGUAAGGUUCUUUUUGGGUUUUGGUUCUGUUUUUAAUCUUGAUGACUCCUUUCUGUGGAGUGGUUCUGUAUGUUUUCAGCCAUAUGGGUUUUCGUUUUCCCGAAAUUAGCUUCCAG